AUGGACUAUCCUCAGCAGCUGCAUGUGGCAUUUGCUGCAUUACAUAAGUUUGAACAAGCUGAAGGGUAUACUCCGAAACCCUGGUGUGAUGCCGAUGCCUCCAAGUUUAUUGAUUAUGUCAAAAAUACUCUAAAGGAUGGUAAAAUGUUUAAAGACGGUGAAAUGGAGAUUAAUACAGACUUAAUAGAAAUAUUUGCAAAGGUUUCUUCUGGUGAUCUUAACCCAAUGAAUGCUUCUAUUGGAGGUGUUGUGGCCCAAGAAGUAAUGAAAGCAUGUUCUGGAAAAUUCCACCCCAUUGUCCAGUGGUUGUACCUAGAUGCUAUUGAAUGCCUUCCUAAAGAUAAGUCUGCACUAACUGAGGAAAACUGUAAACCAAUUGGGUCACGGUAUGAUGGUCAAGUUGCUGUAUUUGGUAAAGACUUCCAAAGGAGGAUUGGUGAACUAAAGUAUUUUAUUGUUGGCGCGGGCGCUAUAGGAUGUGAAUUGUUGAAGAACUUUGCAAUGAUUGGUGUCGGCGCUGCCGGUGGUCAAGUCACUCUUACCGACAUGGAUCUCAUUGAGAAAUCAAACUUAAACCGACAGUUCCUUUUCAGGCCUCAUGACGUACAGAAACCUAAGUCCAGUACUGCAGCUAAAGCAGUGAAGAAGAUGAACCCAUCAAUGAAUGUGUUAGCUCAAGAAAACAGAGUAUGCCCCGAGACUGAAUCGGUGUACGAUGAUGCAUUCUUCGAGGCCUUGGACGGAGUUGCCAAUGCUUUAGAUAAUCUGGAUGCUAGAAUUUACAUGGACAGACGAUGUGUCUACUACAGGAAACCUUUAUUAGAGAGUGGAACUCUUGGUACUAAGGGAAAUACACAGGUUGUAGUGCCCUUCUUAACGGAAUCGUACAGCUCGUCUCAAGAUCCCCCAGAGAAGAGUAUUCCUAUCUGUACUCUCAAGAAUUUCCCGAAUGCGAUCGAACACACACUCCAGUGGGCUCGGGAUGAGUUUGAAGGUCUGUUCCGUCAAGCGGCCGAACAUGCCGCUCAGUACCUCCAGGAUCCUCAUUUCCUGGAGCGGAGUAUGAAGCUACCUGGUACACAGCCUCUCGAUGCCUUGGAGAGUGUGCGAAAUGCAAUAAACGACCGUCCCCUUAACUUCGACGACUGCAUCACGUGGGCUCGUCUACACUGGGAAGCUCAGUAUUCCAACCAAAUCAAACAGCUCCUCUACAACUUUCCUCCAGACCAGGUCACCACCAGUGGAGCCCCAUUCUGGUCCGGCCCCAAGAGAUGUCCGUCUCCCCUGGCCUUCGACCCCAAUGACAACCUCCACUUGGACUACGUAAUCGCCGCUGCUAACUUGAGAGCCCAAGUUUAUGGAUUGCCUCCUUGUGUAGACAGAGAGCAUAUUGCGAAGGUGGCUAAUAGCAUACAGGUACCAGAUUUUAAACCGCGCUCGGGCAUCAAGAUCGCAGUCACCGACGCUCAGCUGCAGCAGAACAACGACGAGAUGGACCAAGACCGAGUGAAGAACAUCGUGGCGGAUCUCCCCCCUCCCUCGAAACUCGGCAACCUCAAGAUAACUCCCCUGGACUUCGAAAAAGAUGACGACUCCAACUUCCACAUGGACUUCAUCGUGGCCGCGUCGAACCUUCGAGCUGCCAACUACAGCAUACCGCCGGCCGACCGACAUCGCUCCAAGCUGAUCGCCGGAAAGAUCAUCCCGGCCAUCGCCACCACCACCUCGGUGGUCGCCGGCCUCGUCUGCCUCGAACUGUACAAGUUGGCCCAAGGGUUCGACUCGCUCGACGUCUUCAAGAACGGAUUCGUCAAUCUCGCGCUGCCCUUCUUCGGAUUCUCGGAACCCAUCUCGGCCCCGACCAACAAAUAUUACGAGAAGGAGUGGACCCUCUGGGACCGCUUCGAAAUCAAGGGCGAAGUGACGCUGCAAGAGUUCAUCGACUACUUCAAGAACACGCACAAGCUGGAGAUCACGAUGCUGUCGCAAGGAGUGUGCAUGCUGUACUCCUUCUUCAUGCCGAAGGCCAAGCGCCAGGAGAGGCUGAACCUUCCCAUGUCGGAGGUCGUGACGAAGGUCUCUAAGAAGAAGCUGGAGCCCCACGUGAAGGCCCUAGUGUUCGAACUGUGUUGUAACGACGAGCAGGGCGAGGACAUCGAAGUGCCCUACGUGAAGUACACUCUGCCCUAA